CUAUCUCAAACAUAACUGAUAAGUCACGUGAGGCCAAAAUCUGACAACUGAGAGACAGAUUAGAGCUGUUGAAUUUGCUUUACAGCACAGUGCGUUGAUUUAUAUAAGCCCUGUUACAUAAAGAAUAAGUGAAGUUAAACACGCAGCUGUGCUGUAAUUUAAUGUCAAAAUGUAAAACCAAAGAUGCAGAAAUUAAUGCUUCCCCUAAAUAAGUUCCCUCUGGUUUCUCUUUUUUCUUCCUCCUUUCUACAGCUGAUGUUUGCACCCUAACUGGGAAGUUCGUCUUUAAACAGGCACAUAUUCAAGUGAAAGGUUUCAGGUUUCGAUCCACAUGGGGAUAAGAUUUUGACUAAAGACAGAUUUCAGCAUGGUUUGCAUGCAUUACUGUUAGUCAGCAGAGAGAAGAAUCCAAUGUGAAUUCCACACUCCCCCUGGUGAGAAUGUAGGCCAAAGCUGUUACAGACACUAUUUAUCGAUUUGAGUAAUGAUUGUUGCCUACAUGCAGGUUGAAAAUCAACAUAUUCAGUAACCAGGUAUCCAAGAGUACAAGGGUCAUCUCAAACUCUGCUAUUCUCCCUUUCAACUACAGAAUAACUUCCACAGAACAAGUUGGACUGAGACUUGAUAAAAUAAUUUGUAUUUGUCACAUACCAGUUUUGCAGAUGUUAUUGCGGGUGUAGAAAAAUGCUUGUAUUCAAUCACUAUAUGUAGGUGAUUUGAAAAUGAACAUGUUCAUGCAAUUUCCUUCUUCACUGUAUGCGUGAGGAGGUCAUCUAAAGGCCUGUAUUGUCUCCCCUGAAGGUCCUGCUGGGUUAAAGAAGGGAUCUGUUCCCCCAACCCCUGCCUCUCACCCCAGUAACCAUAUGGCCCCACCCCUGCCCUCUCACCCCAUGGCCCCUAGCCUGCCCCCGCGACCACCAGAAGCCAUAAUCCAACCUGACCCAGAAGAGAACUAUGAUGAUGUUACGUACGCCUCUAGGAAGAGGGAACGCAACACCCUGCUAGAAUUCAACUCUCUGUGGAGUGAAAAAGGACAGUGAAAGUGAUGAAAUGUAUGAAGAUCUUGAUGAAAGAUGUUGCUCAGGGGAAUAAAUGAUCUGGAACAGCCUUCGUUAGAAGGGGGUUCAGCAGGAGCAAAACGCAUGCAGCCAGUCCCCAUCACAUUAUUGUAGACCUGACAUACCGCCAAGAAGGAUAACGGCAUUAUGUAUUUAUUAUUAUUAUGCGUCGGCAUUAUUAUGUACUCUGAACGACUAUGGCGGAGAAGAUGACAUAGAUGCUAUUCUCCCAUUCUGUAUGAACGUUUUCUCAAACACACCGAGAACCGAGGAUUUAAACAUCCCGUCAACUCCCCCCCUCGCUCCAUAUUCCAGAGCCAAACAGGCAAUGCACAACUCGUGCGCAAGUACAUUGCGCAGAAUCACCCCAGACCAAAAAGUGUUACUGGGCAGGGAACUUACUGCUUCAAAAAACAACGCUCCAUGGACACGACUCCAACGAGACAUGCCCGGCAGAAUCUGGAAUACCUGGUGAAAAAAGUCAAGAGCCCCCGGUUUCUGCGAUUCGUUAGAACAGCCCUCAUCAAAAAAGGUAAUUGAAUUAUGUAUUGUUAAUAUAUAGUAUUAUACCUUAAAUGUAUUUGACAUUUUGUAUCAUUUUAAAGGUAAUUUUCAAAAAAAAAAUGUAAAGGUAAUUUUCAUUUUUAAAGUAAUCUUGUUGUUAAUCCCACCAAAAUGUCCGAUUUCAAAUAGGCUUUUCAGCGAAAGCACUACAAAUUAUUAUGUUAGGUCUCCACCAAACCACAAUAAGCACAGCCAUUUUCCAGCGAAAUAUAGCAUUCACAAAAAGGAUCUUCAUCAGAUGACACUCAUAGGACUUCAUGUUACACAAUACACGCAUGUUAUUUUUGAUAAAGUUCAUAUUUAUAUAAAAAAUCGGAGUUUACAUUGGCUUAUUAGAUUCACUAGUUCCAAAAACAUCAAGUGAUUUUGCAUAGCCACAUCAUUUCAACAGAAAUACUCAUCAUAAAUGUAGAUGAUAAUACAAGUUAUACACAUGGAAUUAUGGAUAUACCUCUCCUUAAUGCAACCGCUGUGUCAGAUUUUUUUUAAAGUUUACGGGAAAAAGCAACACAUGCAAUAAUCUGAGACGGCGCUCAGAACAGAAGCCAAAUUAGCCUCCAUGUUGGAGUCAACAGAAACCAGAAAAUAAAUGAUAAAUGUUUCCUUACCUUUGAUGAACUUCAUCAGAAUGCAGUCGUAGGAAUCUCAGGUCCACAAUAAAUGAAUUUGUUCGAAAAUGUCCGAUAUUUAUAUCCAAUUAGCUACUUUGGUUAGCGCAUUUGGUAAACAAUUCCAAAGUCACAAAGCGCGUCCACUAUAACGUGACGAAAUGUCCAAAAGUUCCGUAACAGUCAGUGGAAACAUUUCAAACGAUGUACAGAAUCAAUCUUUAGAAUGUUGUUUACAUAUAUCUUGAAUAACGUUCCAACCGGAGAAUUAGAAUGACUUCAGAUGACCGGUGGAAUGCAAGUCCUUCCCCUGUGAAAGCGCUUGGUGAAUGCAUGGUCAACUCGUGGCAGUGGUGACUAUUUCCUGUGUCAUUCGACCCCCCUUCACAUUAGUGUCAUCAGACAAAGUUCUAUUGACUGUUGAUAUCUAGUGCAGAAGACCUCACACACCUAGAGCAUGCGGAGGAUUUCGGCUCCCCGGACAUUCACAAUGAAACAACGAAACCGGAGUAUUCAUCGUUUUAAAUGACAUUUCAGAGGUAGACGGCCUGUUAUUAUGGGAGGCGGCCAACCUUAUUGAUUCCUCCAAUUCUUUGGUGGAAACACCCAAACCUGAAAUAGAACAAGCUAGGUUUUUACAGCCUUUUCCAGGGCUCUAAAAUCCCGAAAGGUUUUGCUCCACAAACGAAUGGGGGCUUUACUCGAGCGACAAUACCGCCAGGAUCUAUCCUUCUGGCAUAGAAUAAUGCCACGUUUGUUAAACAACAAUCCGAUUAAAAAACGCAAAUACAGGCGCUAAAAACAUAUAUGUAACAUGUAUCCUUCUAGAAUACCACAAGAACACAUCAUUAAUAAUCCAAAUGGCUGAGCCAACAGACAUAAUUGAGACAGUUGAAACCCUGUUAUCCCAGAUACCGCCCGAACUCCAAGCUAUAAUUAACCAUAUGAAUGAGGCUGGGGUAACAGACAUAAUGCCGAUAGAUGAAACCCUGUUAUCCCAGAUACCGCCCGAACUCAUAGAAAUAAUUAAUCGUAUGAAAGAGUCAGGGGCGACCGAUGAAAACCUGUUAACCCAGAUCCCGGACGCCCUCAUAUCGUUUGUGCUGCCAUCCUGUUAGAAGGUAACAGAUUAUUUUAUUACAAUGGUUAAAUUGGAUUUUCAUUGUGUUCAAUGGUUUUAUUUGCCCCCUAGUGGCGCUUUCUGGUACUUAGAAAGACGACGCAAACAGGAAGUACAGAAUUUGUUUUGCACGCAUAGAAGCAGCUACAAACAACGCUACGGUGCAGGUCUUUCAAUGUAGUUAUUUCUUGUCACGCUUCAGCCUUGGAAAAAUAUUUGUUUGUAAGUUCGAUUCAAGCAUUUAGCUAAUGAUGAUAAUCUUGUUAUUGAUAGAGUUGCUUACAUAUCAAUGUUGGUUGCAUUUACUCACAAAUUGCAAUGCCUUUAAUGUAUGUCGUUAGCUGUAUUACUUGCUCAUGUGUCAUGCAAACGAAUUGUAAAAUAUACAAUACUGUAGUUUUGUUAGUGUUUCUAGUGUAAUAUGCUUUGUUAUUCUACAUAGAUGGUUAUACAUUAUUAGAGUAAUGAAAGGAGCCAAUUACCAUAUGGUUAACAAUUAGCUAUAUGGUUUGGCAUCAUGCCAGAUGCAUGGUACCACUAAAGUAUAUUCUUUUCUGUAUUUUGCAGUUUCACAACAUAAACGUUUUCAAUAUAUUCAUUCAAGAAAAGUCACGCCUUGGGAGUUUUAUUGAAGACUUAGUUGUUAGCUAUCUGUCUAGUUUUGCAUGGGAACGCAAUUCAAGGGCAGAAUAGUGAAAAAACAUCAUCACAGCGGGCUCAAGCACAAGAAUAACUGCACAGGUGGUUAUGUUUCUACGUUCAUCAGCCAACAAAGCCUCUUAUCCUAGGGAAGACCAGCAGUCUACGAUGCAACAACCAGAGCCAGGUGUUCAACAGAGAGAGAUGGAAGAGCCUCUUCAGCACAUUGGGACCAAGUCUCAAUCUACAAGAUCAAGGUCAUCAAAACAGUCAAGCAGAUCCUCAACGGCGAGUUCUGCAGCCGUCAAAGCACGCGCCAAGGCAGACGCAGCGCGUGCACAAGUCCCCUAUGCUGAGAAGGAAGCUUCUGUGAUGAAGCAAAAAGCUGACCUCGAGGCAACUUUAUAUGUUCUCCAAGUUGAGAGAGCAGCUGCUGCUGCGUUGGCUGAAGCUGCAGCCUUUGAAGAAGCUGUAGGAUCAGAACGCAGAGAGCUUCGCAAAGAACUAGACACAGGGACACAGCCCUUAAGUCCAGUCCAACGUACAUGUGAGUAUGUGCAACAACAUGCUAGGCCCUACUUUGCUGAACUUCCAUUUGAAGUGGAGAAACAAGAGGUUAGUGUUGACCCAGCUACAUGCCAUAAUCAAGAAAAUAGCAAACAACAGAACAUGAGCAGAGACUCUCCGUUCAAAAGAAAUGAACAGCAGCAUGGUGGAAAUGGAAAGCAAGCCCACUUCCAGUUACACACACACAACUUCCCUGAGUCACAAGUGGCACCAGACCUCAUCAAGUACCUCCUACGACGUGAGAUGGUGAGUUCCGGACUCCUGAAGUUUGAAAAUGAUUGGGCAUGGAAAGCAUCCUUUCUCAAUGCGACCAGAGACUUGAAUUUAUCAGCCAGGGAAGAGUUAGAUCUAAUUACCAAGUGGCUAGGGGCAGAGUCAUCUGAGCAAGCAAACAGAAUUAGAUCUGUCCAUAUUUUCAACGCAACAGCAGGACUUAACAUGGUCUGGCAACAACUAGAAGAGUGCUAUGGUACACCCGAAGUGAUCGAGAAUGCACUGUUGAAGAAAAUUUAUGAUUUUCCAAAACUGGCUAACAAAGACAAUCACAAACUAAGAGAACUAGGUGACAUUCUUCUCGAACUGGAGUGUGCUAAAGUAGAAGGGUACCUUCCAGGCCUCGCUUAUCUGGACACAUCUGGGGGGGUAAACCCUAUUGUAGAGAAACUUCCAUUCAGUUUACAAGAAAAAUGGAUAGCACAGGGAUCCAAAUAUAAGGAGGAGUAUCGGGUAGCAUUCCCACCAUUCUCGUUCUUCUCGAGAUUCAUCAGGAACCAGGCGAAAAUUAGAAAUGACCCCAGCUUCACCCUCUACACCUCAACUAACCAGGUGUCCAUGAAAAGUGAGAAACCUGCCAGGUACAGCAGCAAGACACCUGUGACUGUAUACAAGACAGAUGUGUCAUCUGAGGCCUCAGACCACCAAACCAAACCCAGUAAGACAAAGGUUGAAAACCCUGACCGUCACUGCCCAAUACAUAACAAGCCUCAUCCUCUUAAAAAGUGUUGUGGGUUUAGAUACAAAACUCUAGAUGAGCGUAAAUCAUAUCUCAAAGACAAUGGCAUUUGUUUCCGAUGUUGUGGGUCAACUCAGCACAGAGCUAAAGACUGUAAGGUUUCAAUCAAGUGCUCUGAGUGCGACAGCGACAGGCAUCUUGCUGCUCUGCAUCCAGGCCCAGCCCCUACAAAUACAGACACCGCUACAGCAGAGACAGAGCAUGGCGGGGAGCAAGGUGACGAAGCUCUUCUAUCUGUUACCUCAAAGUGUACAGAGAUCUGUGGUGAGGCAGUCAAUCCAAGAUCAUGUUCAAAAAUAUGCCUAGUCAAAGCUUAUCCGGCUGGGAAAAGAGAGAAAGCUGUCAAAAUGUAUGUAGUGCUUGAUGAACAGAGUAACAAAUCUCUGGCCAAGACAGAGUUUUUCAGUCUCUUCAAUAUCAAUGACAACUCUGCUCCAUACACCAUGAAGACGUGUUCUGGGGUAACAGAGACUUCAGGCAGGAGAGCCGUCAACUUUAUGGUGGAGUCUAUAGAUGGACACAUGCAGCUCACUCUCCCUACUCUGAUAGAGUGUGAUAUGAUGCCAGACUGUUACGGAUACAGUUAUCCUGUGUGUGUGUGUAUCCUGUGUGUGUGUUUCUUUUCUCUCCUUCUCCCCUCACAGGUGAAAAUCAUCACUCCCCAAUCAGUCAACAAUCAAUCAUCAAUCAGAAGACACACCUCCUCCUAUUUCCUAUCCUAUCACAGUUCCUUCCCCAUGGUUUAAAAACCCCAUCAUUUGUUUGUUCUAAAGCAAUCUCUAGCUCAAUCUCUCUGUAAAUGCCAUGUCUGUAGGUCUCUGUGUUUCACUCUCGCUUUGUGUCUUAACCUCUCUUUUGUUUAAGCACCUCAUUUAUGGUGUUUGUUUGUUGCUGGUGGGAAAAGGGGGAAACCAAGACAAGUCGCCCAUGGGCAUACACUAUCCGUAGGUGAACUUUGUUAAAUACACUAGUUAGAACUGGGCGGACCACCCACUGUAUUUUUGGUUAGUUAGUUAGCUGUUGUUAAAGUAGGCUAGUCUAGCUUAGGGGUGUUUUUGAAUACUUAUUGUUUAUUUUCUUGGGUCCAGCUCAGCCCCUUUUCCUGCUCCCCCCAUUACCGUGUGUUUAUAAAUAAACCUAGAGUUUGACGGUAGAUUUCUGUUGUCG